AUGAGCUCCCCGCUGCUGGGAGCAUCCAAGCGAGAGCUGGAAGGCCGCGGGAACCCGAGUCCCCUUGGCCCUGGUUCCCCGCCUCCUGCCGGGCCUGCGGAAGGCUGGUUCCCGCGGGAGGAGCAGCUGCAGGAGGGCCCCGCGGCCCCCACCCCUGUCCAGGUCAAAGGCCGUGGAACCCAGAACCUGAGGGACAGGCUCUACAACGAGGAGAUCCUGGACCUCUUCGACGCCACCCGGGACCCCGACGCCCGCCACCGCAGGUCCAACAUCAAGAUCCACGAGGACGCCAACGGCGGCAUCUACACCACGGGCGUCACUUCCCGCCUCAUCAGCUCCCAGGAGGAGGUGGGCGUGCCCCGGGGUCAGGGCCGGCUGCGCCCUGGGACCCUCACCUCCCCUUCCUGCACCCCCAGCCAGACCAUCAUGAUCGCCUGUGUGAGCCCCUCGGACCGGGACUUCAUGGAGACGCUCAACACCCUCAAAUACGCCAACCGGGCCCGGAACAUCAAGAACAAGGUGGUGGUGAACCAGGACAAGACCAGCCAGCAGAUCAGCGCACUGCGGGCUGAGAUCGCGAGGCUGCAGAUGGAGCUCAUGGAGUACAAGGCGGGCAAGAGGGUGAUCGGGGAGGACGGCAGCGAGGGCUACAGCGACCUGUUCCGGGAGAACGCCAUGCUGCAGAAGGAGAACGGCGCCCUGCGCCUGCGGGUGAAGGCCAUGCAGGAGGCCAUCGACGCCAUCAACAGCCGCGUCACCCACCUCAUGAGCCAGGAGGCCAACCUGCUGCUGGCCAAGGCCGGUGACGGCAACGAGGCUAUCGGUGCUCUGAUCCAGACCUACAUCCGGGAGAUUGAGGAGCUGCGGCGAGGGCGGCCGGCUCACCCCCACCCCCAACCCCCUCCUGCAGGACAAGAGGUGAACUUCCAGGCGGAUCUGGCCGACCUGACGUGCGAGAUCGAGAUCAAGCAGAAGCUGAUCGACGAGCUGGAGAACAGCCAGCGGCGGCUGCAGACGCUCAAGCACCAGUACGAGGAGAAGCUGAUUCUGCUGCAGAACAAGAUCCGCGACACGCAGCUGGUGACUGUCCAGUCCCCUAACCCCGCCUGCCCUUCUCCCCCCCCGGGCAGCCCGGAGAAGGAGGCCUUCAAAAAGAGGGCGAAACUCCAACAGGAAAACAGCGAGGAACCGAUGAGAAAUGAGGACAACGAGGUGGAGGAGACUGGCCUGCCUUUGGGGCAGAGCCACCUAUUGCUCCUGUCCACCCGGGAGAGGGAGGCGGCCAGUCCGGGGGACUGUGGGCGGGGGGACGAGACGGGCGGCCACGCUCUGCAGAGCAGGAACCCGGUCCUGUCCACCAGGUCCAGCCCCCUAACCCCGCCUGCCCUUCUCCCCCCGGGCAGCCCGGAGAAGGAGGCCUUCAAAAAGAGGGCGAAACUCCAACAGGAAAACAGCGAGGAGACCGAUGAGAAUGAGGACAACGAGGUGGAGGAGGAGGAGGAAGAUCCGGAUGAGAGUGGCUGCGAGGAGGAGGAGGGGCGCGAGGACGAGGACGAGGACUCGGGCAGCGAGGAGAGCCUGGUGGACUCGGACUCGGUGGCCCUGAUGAAGCAGAUGCGGGAGGAGCAGCAGCGGCGGCGGCUGGUGGAGACCAAGAGAAACCGGGAGAUCGCGCACCCCACCCACCGGUGCAGAGAGGGGCGUGGCCUCCCCAAGGCCAGGCGGCCGGUGGAGCCUGACAGCCGCCUCUCUCGGCGGCCCGCAGGCACCAUGGAGUGCUACACGGAGGAGAAGGCCAACAAGAUCAAGGCGGACUACGAGAAGCGGCUGCGGGAGAUGCACCGGGACCUGCAGAAGCUGCAGGCCGCCCAGAAGGAGCACGCGCGGCUGCUCAAGAACCAGUCGCGCUACGAGCGGGAGCUGAAGAAGCUGCAGGCCGAGGUGGCGGAGAUGAAGAAGGCCAAGGUGGGGCCCGGGCGGGGGGGUGCGGGGUGUCACCUCAGGUUUCAGAUCCGAGCUCUGGAGUCCCAGAAGCGACAGCAGGAACUGGUGCUGAGGAGGAAGACCCAGGAGGAGGAGCUGGACUCCACGGACACGUCGGUGGUCAUCAGCUCCUGCUCCCUGGCCGAAGCCCGCCUCCUGCUGGACAACUUCCUCAAGGCGUCCAUCGACAAGAGGAAGAAGUUCCAGAAGAAGGGGGCCGGCCAGAGCUUCAGCAAGGCCGCGCGGCUCAAGUGGCAGUCGCUGGAGCGCAGGGUCAUUGACAUCGUCAUGCAGAGGAUGACCCUCGUCAACCUGGAGGCCGACAUGGAGCGGCUCAUCAAGAAAAGGGAGGAGCUGUUCCUCCUGCAGGAGGCGCUGCGGCGGAAGCGGGAGCGGCUGCAGGCGGAGAGCCCCGAGGAGAAGGGGCUGCAGGAGCUGGCGGAGGAGAUGGAGGCGCUGGCGGCCAACAUCGACUACGUCAACGACAGCAUCUCCGACUGCCAGGCCACCAUCGUGCAGCUGGAGGAGACCAAGGGCUACGCCAGCACCGAUGAGGAGGUGUCGGAGUUCUCCGAGGGCAGCUUCUCCCAGUCGUUCACCAUGAAAGGUUCCAGCAGCCACGACGACUUCAAGUUCAAGGGCGAGCCCAAGCUGUCGGCCCAGAUAAAGGCAGCGUCGGCCGAGUGCCUGGGGCCCCCGCUGGACAGCUCCACCAAGAACAUCACCAAGUCCCUGGCCUCGCUGGUGGAGAUCACGGAGGACGGGGUGGGCUUCUCCGUGCGCGACCCCUACCCCCGCGACAAGGUCUCGCGCACCGUCGACGCUGGAACCACCGGGAACCACCAGCCACGACGUGUGUGUCUGAGGUCGGACGGAGUAAGAAUGGCUCCGGCACUGACAUGCCGCUCUCUGUCCCCGCUUGGCAGGUCCACAGACGUGGGGUUCACGCCCCCCUCGUCCCCGCCCACGCGGCCACGCAACGAUCGCAACGUCUUCUCGCGUCUGACCAGCAAUCAGAGCCAGGGCUCCGCGCUGGACAAGUCUGAUGACAGCGACUCCUCUAUGUCCGAGGUCCUGAGGUACACAGCCGGCCGCGCACCCCUCCCAGCCCUCUCGCUGGCCGAGGGCCACUCCAAGCCUAUCCUCUGCCUGGACGCCACGGACGAGCUGCUCUUCACCGGCUCCAAAGACCGCAGCUGCAAGAUGUGGAACCUGGUCACGGGGCAGGAGAUCGCGGCCCUGAAAGGCCACCCCAACAACGUGGUCUCCAUCAAGUACUGCAGCCACUCGGGGCUGGUCUUCUCCGUGUCCACCUCCUACAUCAAGGUGUGGGACAUCCGGGACUCGGCCAAGUGCAUCCGCACCCUCACGUCCUCGGGUCAGGUGAUCUCGGGGGACGCCUGCGCAGCCACCUCCACGCGCGCCCUCACCAGCGCGCAGGGCGAGCACCAGAUCAACCAGAUCGCGCUCAGCCCCUCGGGCACCAUGCUGUACGCCGCCUCGGGCAACGCUGUCCGCAUCUGGGAGCUCAGCAGCAGCUCCGUCCUGGUCCAGGGGGCGCCCGGGCCACGGGGGCGCUGCUCACUGAGGCCUCUUCUCUUCCCUUCUGGUUCCGAACUUGACCUUGACCCUUCUCUCCCCUUCCCCUCCCGUCUUCUCGCUCCGCCUCUCUCCGCCUCUCUCCCCCGCAGUGACUGCCGGGUAAAGCUGUGGAAUUACGUCCCCGGACUCACCCCCUGCCUUCCGCGCCGGGUGCUGGCCAUAAAGGGCCGAGCCACCACCCUGCCCUGACCCCGCCUCCUCUCUCCUCCUCCCCUCUCUCUCCCCCUCUCUCCACUUCGAUCUGAGCUGCUCCUCCACGGUACGAGUCUGUUUUACUCCUGGCUCCUUCCAGGCCCCG